ACUGAGCUACUUUAAUGAAAUAACCGUGGGUGCUGUUUGAGUGUUGUACUCGUAAUUCAUUGUAUAUCGUAGUAUCUGCUGGCAGGUGUGGGGUUCAACUGCUGAGCCCUAACCACUUGAAUAUGCGAUCCUUGUGAAAGAGGGGAGCACAGAGGCUUCUUUUGGCUUUGCUUGAAUGUGUUGGUAUGCCUUAAAAGAUGGUGCCUGUACAUGUUACUUUUUGUCAUGGAGAAGGGGAUGAGCCAAGCUGAAAAACAACCAUCUGUAUCUCCACUAAAUAUUGCUGCAGUGGAGAUAAGCAGAGAACAUGACAGAGUCAAAGUCAGAAGUGGAACAGUGGUGGGGUUUGUGCUCGUACAUGCAGGUGCAGGUUAUCAUUCUGAAUCCAAGGCAAAGGAAUAUAAGCAGGUUUGCAAAAGGGCAUGUCAAAAGGCUGUUGAAAAGCUGCAAGCUGGUGCUCUUGCUGUUGAUGCUGUGACGGCAGCUCUGGUUGAACUUGAGGAUUCUUCUUUUACAAAUGCAGGGUUAGGAUCUAACUUAAAUCUCUCUGGUGAGAUUGAAUGCGAUGCUAGCGUAAUGGAUGGAAAGUCAUUGCAGUUUGGUGCAGUUGGAGCACUAAAUGGAAUCAAGAAUCCAAUUCUUGUGGCGAGCAGAUUACUGUGUGAAGCACAGAAAGGGAAACUUUCUGCUGGCAGAAUUCCUCCUUGUUUUUUAGUUGGGGAUGGAGCACACCAGUGGGCAUUGGACCAUGGGAUUCCUACUUGCUCUCCAGAUGUAAUGGCUACAAAAUUCAGUGUAGCAGCAUUUAAGAGGAACAAACGAAAAUUGGAAUUGGCAGAGAAGGUGGAGACAGAGCUAAUUCAUUGUAAGAAGAGACGACAGUCAUUUGAACAUGAUAAUGAUUCAGGUUCCUUGGACACUGUUGGAGCAGUAGUUGUUGACCAUGAAGGGAAUGUUGCUGCUGCUGUUUCCAGUGGGGGGUUAGCAAUGAAGCAUCCUGGAAGAGUUGGCCAGGCAGCUGUUUAUGGGUGUGGCUGUUGGGCUGAAAACAUGGGAGAGCACAACCAGUAUUCUACAGCUGUGAGUACUUCAGGCUGUGGAGAGCACCUUGUAAGAACGUUAUUGGCCAGAGAAUGUUCAGUUGCCCUGCAGGCAGAAGAUGCCCAUCAUGCUUUGUUGGAAACUAUGCAAAAAAAAUUUAUAAGCUCUCCAUUUCUGGCCACUGAAGAUGGUGUGCUCGGAGGUGUGAUUGUGCUGCGCUGUUGCAGAUGUUCUGAAAAUUCGUUACAAGAUGCACAGACUCUACUUGUGGAGUUUCUUUGGUGUCACACAACAGAAAGUAUGUGUGUUGGAUACAUGUCAUCUCAGGAUGGCAAAGCAAAGACGCACAUUUCCAGGCUUCCACCAGGAGCAGUAGCUGGGCAGUCUCUGGCAAUUGAAGGAGGAGUUUGCAGACUGGGAGCCCUGUAAAACUUAACAUUUGUACUGUACUGGUGCAAGCAGUUGACAUCUAUAUGUGUGCACAUAAACCAUAAUACUUUUAAUGAUGCUGGUGCUUUGACGUCUCUAAAAGUGCAUCAUAGUUGCAAAAUUCAUGCUGCUGUACUCUGAACUUUGUGCAACUUUGGUCAAAUCAAAUUAUCAUCUACAACGACAAAGUGGAAAGCAGGAAUGAUUAAACCAUCUGACUCAGUGGACUUUAUACAGUCAGAAUAUAGCAUUUAAAACAUUUAAUGAAACUCAAACAGAUAUUUCCAACCAAGGCCAGUCUUUCAUGAAGUAGUUCAUUUCAUUUUAUUUGUUUGGUUUAAGACUUCCAGAGUAUGUUUGAAAGUUUGUCAUUAGAUAACUGAAGGAGUGAAGUACGAGAACAUUUUUCACACUGAUGCUACGUGGAUUAAAAAGUAGGUGGUGCUUAGAGAAACGGUUUGCAGACCCUUUUUAUACUUUUUAAAAACACACAGGGUGCUGAUUUGCCACUAUUGCACAUAACUAUUAGAUGCGUAUAUUAUUGUCAAUGGUAUAUUAGUCCAUAUGAUACAAUAUAUUGCUGUAAAUUACAAUAGUUUUGUACAUUUUUUUUUAAAUACUGCAAUGCAUGUACUUACAGUGUGAUACAAAAUACAUUAUAGAAAUAAGCUUACAAAUACCGUAAGAAUGUAUCCUACAGGUUGUUACUGUCAGGCUGUGUAUGCUAACAAAUGGGGGGGGGGGUCUCCUUAGAAUAUUAUAGAUUAUUUUUAGACAACUUAUAAAUGAUGUUUAUUUGCUUUCUUAAAGAAAAUUCCCCAUGUUAACAUGCGUCAGUCUUGUAAUAUAUGUUGAAAACAAGUAACUGAAUAUGAUGAAAGAUUUUUAAGUUGUAUCAAAAAUGAAUAGAUCUUGUUUUAUUAAACUGAGACUCAGGCAAUCAGGCAUGUCAUCGUUAUAGUUAUGAGUAGUAGCAACAUACUAUAAAGUUAUGUGUAAGAAAAUUGUAAGCCAGAGGGAGUUAAAUGAAGAGGAUGUGUACUCUCAUAAUAUCAGAGCUGCUGUUUUAUGGCUUCCUUAGUUGAAAUUAUGUGGUUAAGUAAAUGGUGAUUGUGUGUUAAAUCUUUCUUUCAGCUGUGGAUGUCCCCUUCCCAUCAGCUGAAGUUCAUGUGUCACAGUGCUGCCAUGCACACUGUUUCAUCUGAGAAAAAAAAGGAUAAUUUCAACCCUGAAGUCAGGUUUUAAAGGGACAUCUUAUACAACAGCUGAUAUUCAUCAUUUUACAAGUCAUAGGCUAGACAGCAAUCUUUAUUAAUUUAUUUCCCAUUUUAGAAACAUGUUCUGUCUGUAGGUCAUUGUGGUUUGUGAUUCACUGUAGGAAUGCAAGUAUGUAUUUAUGAAGACACACACGCAAGGCAUCACAGUUAAACUACAUGUUAUUAUGUAUGUGAUUCUGCUUCCUCUUGAUUAAUUGUACUGCAUUAUUUAAUUAUCAAGCUCAAUGCAAAAAUGCUGCUGUAGUGGGUUUGUAAUACUGACCAAAUUUGUAAACAUUUUUCUUUACAGAAGGCAGUACUGGUAACUCUAUAGUGACUGUUGUGCUAGUCCAUGUUUUAAAAAGCCAUUUCUGUAAUAUAUUAAUUGGAUAUAUGUAACUUUAUUAUUUUAAUAUGUUGUUUCUGAGCAUUAUUUGGAAUAUGUUACCCAUGGGUACAAAAAUAAGAAAGCUUAAGAGUUCCCACAUUAAAGUGCCCAUGUGGUCCAGCUGUACAUUUUUCAAGCAUAAGCAUUACUAUAUUAUAGUGGUAGUCUUUUCAGGUUUAUUUUGGCUUUAGUUUAUAGCAGGAAUUUGUAUUUCAUUGAGACUCAAACUGCCAGGUCUGUUUAGUUGAAUAUCCAGCCAAGACAGUUUUGCUUAUGUAUCGGAAGUAUUUGUGACCUUGGCAUUAGUUGUAUUACUUUAGAAGAUGCAGGGGUUAAGCCCAUUUCAUGCAGUGUAUAUAGUGCUUGCCCUCAAGUUAAAAAGUAACUGCUUGUUUUUGUACAUAAUUAAAUUACUUUAAUUGUC